CUUAAAUUUGUGACUGAUAAAUGAUUUCCUCCCCUGAAGGUUACAGCUCAAUUCCUCGAGAAGUUAAACGCAACGCCGUCAUCUGACUCCAUGAUGUUACAGUGGAGAAAUAUUGGCAGAGUAUCGUGUUUCUGCCAAAAAGACAAUACUACAUGGACCCAAUCCUUUUGCUGGAGGAAACUAGAAAGGUGUCUUCCAGUGCCUUUGCGCUAUGUUUCGUCAUGGAAAAAUAAGUCUUCUAGAUCUGAAAAUGAAGUCAAGGAUAAAGACAAUGUUCAAGAUAAAUCUAGUUUCUCAAAGUCAAAUUAUAGAAAAAUACCUAAAAAGUAUAACAAAUUUCAUGAAAAUUUGCAAGAUGAAUCCAGUUUCACUAAGUCAGAUCAUAUAAUAGGCAAAAUGCAAAAAAAGUAUGAAAAAUUCAAUGAAAAUUUUCAAGAUGAAUCUAGUUUCUCAAAGUCAGAUUAUUCAAAUAGAAAAAUACCUAAAAAGUAUGACACAUUCAAUGAAAAUUUUCAAGAUGAAUCCAGUUUCACAAAGUCAGAUAAUACAACAAACAAAAUGCAUACUAAUAAUGACAAAUUCCAAGAAAUGAACCUUAAUGAAUUGAAGAGCAAGAAGAAGCUGCUGAAAGUGAACACUGAAUCAGGUUAUGUUAAAUAUUCACAUAAAGUUGCAAGAGCUGAUAAAAACCACAUGCCUUCGAGAGUGUCAGAGACUGUUUCAGAGAAAGUCAAAUCAUCUGAUACUGUAUUUAAAAGGCAUACAAAUACAAGGAAUACCAGAGAGAGUUGGGCUGAUACCUUUGGCAAUCUUCAAAGUGAGGCUGAUAUUCCUGUAUUUACAGAAUUUGCAGACAAUGCAAGCUAUGAAGAAGAUGUGAAGAAAGAGGAAAAAGAGACAUCGUUCUACAACCAUAUUCGCUUGUCACGAUAUGGGAGGCGUCAUUCACCUUUCUGGUAUGGCAGGCGAAUCAUGGAACUGGAGAAAGCUGGAAAAGUAAAGGAAGCUAUAGAGGUGUUUGACAAAUGGAUGAUAGAGCAAGAUCGUGUGCAGCCAUCCAGUCAUGAAUACAGUGUGCUGAUAGCUCUGCUGGGCAGAUGUGGAUAUACUCUGAAAGCAUUUCAGCUGUACAAACAGAUGAGAGAAAGGAAAAUUCGUGUGGAUCCCCACAUCUUCACCAGUCUGUUUAAUGCAUGCACUAACAGCCCCUGGCGUGAAGAUGGUUUGAGUCGAGCAAAAAAGUUACGACAGGCGAUGAUCCUCAGUAACUAUCAACCCACCUAUAUCAAUUACCAGGCCAUGAUUGCAGCCUUUGGUGUUUGCGGAGAUAUCAACACAGCCUUCAGCAUCGCAGAUGAGGCUGCUAGACUGCGUGUGACAGACAACCUUCUCAAUUCUCUUCUGAUGGCCUGCAUAUCAGACAAUACAUCCGGUUUCAGGCAUGCAGUUCUUGUCUGGAGAAAGAUGCUAAAGAUGGGAGUCAAGCCAACAAUUAGGAGCUACAAUAUGCUUCUUCGUGCAGUAAAUGAGUGUGGAAUUGGAGAAGCCAAAACAUUUCUGAAUGGCCUCAGUGGAGAGUCACUUCCUGGUGUUGAACAUAGUAAUAGUCUGCAGAGAAAAGGUGGAAAAAACUUAUUGUGGCUUCCGAGGAACCAAGAGAAAGAAUUUCAAGGAAUUGAUGCUGUUUUAGAAAAGUAUGAGGUACCUCAAGUCAGUGGUGUAGGCAAUGUAGAGAAUGCCAUUGAUGUUGAAGAAAGACUGGCCACAGGUGAAUUAAGUGAUGAUGAAAAUGGUUUUCAUUCCCGUGAGCCAUUAGUGGAACCGUUUGACUUGGACGUGCAGGAAACUUCUAGCACAGACUUGUUGGAGAAUAAGGAAUGGUGGGAGCUGGAUAUAUUUCCAGUUAAAAGCUCAUUACCAUCAGAGUUUAUUUCUCAGUCUUCACAUGGCAUGUUUGCAAACCUUCCAAAUAUUCUCAAUCCAAGUGAUUCAGACCCGAUACCUGACCUUGAUUACAGGCUUGUGAAAGGACCAAGAGAGCGCUUUGCCUUACUUGGGGGCGUGGCAGGAAUACUUAACACAUUACAGAAAGACGGCAAUAGUCCAAACACAACCACAUUCAGUCUGAUGUCAAAGGCCAUACCCCUCAACAACAAUCAAGAAAAUGAUCUAAUAGCUGCCAUGCAGCUCGCGGACGUCCAACCAGAUACUGACUUCUUUAAUCACCUGAUGAGAGAAGUCGUCCGCAAAGUCCCAUUUGAAGUGAGAAGAAGCAAGGCUAUGGAGCUUUUCUCUAGAAUGAAGUCGGCAGGUUUAGAGCCAAACAUCCGCACAUAUGGGAUCCUAGCCCAUGUCUGCUUCACACAGGAACAGGGCAGACAGUUCCUGGAAGAGAUCAUGGAAGCAGGUAUCAUGGCCAACAGCCAUAUAUUUCACAACCUGCUGAAGGCAGCCCACUUCAGGUUGCGGUACAAGCAGUUCCUAAUGUCCAAGAUGGAGGAGUUGGGGGUGCGCCCUACAGAGUAUGUCAUCGAAUUACUGGAGAUAUGCAUCUUCAAUGCCAAGAACAUCCCUGAUAUCGGUUCAGAAAAAGGACAAAUUAGAAAGAAAAGUCUUGAAAUGUUCAUCCACUACUACGAGGGUUGGUGUAAGAGGAAUGUGGAAGAGAAAUCAGAACAUCCAUGGAAAGCGUUCAGAGAAACCACAUCAAGUGAAGUUUGAACUUUGUGAAAAAAAUAUGGAGUUAAAUGCUUGCCUCUAACUUUUUAUUUCGUAAUUGGAUUUAUUUAGAAGUGUUAUUCAAAGGCUAAACUUUUUAGCUCACCUGAUUGCUCAGGUGAGCUUUUAGGAUCAAGCUUUGUCCGUCAUUUGUCCGUCCGUCCAAAUUUGGUUUGUAAACACUCUAGAAGCCACAUUUCUUGUCUAAUCUUCAUGAAACAUGGUCAGAAGAUUUGUCCCAAUGAUACCCAAAUAUAUGCUGGGUAAAAAACUAGGUCGCUAGGUCUAAAUAAAGAAAACCUUGUAAACAACGAAAAAGUCACAUUUCAUGCCCAAUCUUCAUGUAACAUUGUCAAAAUGUUUGUCUUAAUGAUAUGUAGGUCGAGUUCAAAAGUGGUUCUGGUCCAUUGAAAAACAUGGCUGCCAGGGGGCGGGGCAGUUUUCCUUAUUUGGCUUUAGAGAAACCAUGUGAACACUCUAGAAGUCACAACUUUUGCCCAAUCAUCAUAAAACUUGGUCAAAAGAUUGGUUUUAUUAAUAUCUCAGGCGAGUUUGAAAAUGGUCCAGAUCGGUGAAAAAAAAUCAUUUACAUGGCCACCAGAGAAGUUUUCUCUACAUGUAUAUAGUGAACACUCUAGAAGUCUUUUUUUUGGUCCAAUCUUCAUGAAAUUUGGUCAGAACAUUUUUUUCCGAGAAAUGUGAGUUAAGUUCGCAAAUGGUUCUGGUCCGUUGAAAAACAUGGCUGCCAGGGGGACAGGGCAGUUUUUCUUAUAUUUAUAUAGUUUAAAAGGCUUGUGAACAGUCAAGACUCAAGAAGUCACAUUUUUUGCCCAAUCAUCAUGAAACUUGGUCGAAACAUUGUUUUAUUGAUAUCUCGGGUUUGAAAAUGGUCCAGAUCGGUGAAAAAACAUGGUCGUUAGUGGGCAGGGCAGUUUUCUCUAGAUGUAUAUAGUGAAAACAUGUGACACUCUAGAAGUCUCAUUUUGUGCCCAAUUUUUAUGGAAUUUCUUCAGAACAUUUGUUUCCGAGGUACAAGAGUUGAGUUCGAAAAUUAUUCCGGUCCGUUAAAAAACAUGGCUGCCAGCGGACAGGGGGAGGGGGCGCAUUUACCUUAUAUUUAAAUGGUCACACUUUUGAGUGGUGUACGGUCAAGGUCAUCCGUCAAGGUCAAAUUUGUUGUUUGUUUUGCGUCAAACUUUUACAUUGGCCAUCACUUUUGCAAUAUUGAAGAUAGCAACUUGAUAUUUGGCAUGCAUGUGUAUCUCAUGGAGCUGCACGUUUUGAGUGGUAAAAGGUCAAGGUCAUCCUUCAAGAUAAAAUAUAUGGGGGACAUAGUGUUUCACAAACACAGCUUGGUCACCUAGUACUUGAGUAUUUUAAGAGAAUGAUUUUCUUGAUGCAAAUCAAAGUAAUAAUCGUAUCUGAUUCAUCUGGCUCAAACACUUGAUCACUGCAGGUCAUAUUUUUUACAAAGAUUGAAAGGUGAGCGAACUAGGGCCAUUUUGGCCCUCUUUUAUUAAUUGCUUUUGUUGUUGGAUGUGAACAUUCAUGAAUAAAUGUCUAAUAUAAAAGCAA